UGACUUGCUCGUUCUUUAUCUCCCUUCGAAAAGACAAGGCAGGCGAAAAGCCCUUUGACACAUGUAACUCAGCUGAAAAGGAUAUGCGUGUUUGAGACAGAUUCACUGCGACUAAUCAUUGAUAGAAGAACAGACCAGGGUGGAAAGCUGAAGUUCUUAGCCUAUUACUUCUUGUUGUGAAGUUACCGUCGAAAUGUCGUCUGAAAAGACUGUGAAGUCCUUCAAACAGAGGCGAUCUGAAGCCAGUCGCAAGGAGGAAGUAUUGGGCAUUAGGUCGAAGUUCCCAACGAAAAUCCCUGUCAUCGUCGAGCGUUACAGCAAGGAAAGUGAUCUCCCUCUUCUGGAUAAGACCAAGUUCCUCGUUCCGCAGGAGUUGACUAUGAGCCAAUUCGUAACGAUCAUCAGAAACCGCAUGUCGUUGGCACCGACACAGUCGUUCUACUUGCUCGUAAAUAACAAAACCAUGGUGAGCAUGUCCACAAAUCUACAGGAAGUCUACAACAAAGAGAAGGAUGAAGACGGCUUUCUUUACAUGGUGUAUGCCUCGCAAGAAUACUUUGGCUGAUGAUGGGGUGUAAGUUACUGCCAUCACUCCUGCUCUUCCUGUAUAUUCCAUACAUAUCCAUCCACCGGGUGUAAACAUUUCGUAUUCAGAUGAUGCUGGUUAAUCACUCUGUAUAUACUCCCUUGUGCAUGCCGUGCCCCUUCAUCUGCAUACGUUGAUUUACUGCUGCUGCUGCUGCUGUUGUUAUUAUUACUGGUCUGGUACUAUCCUGUGUGUAAUGUACAGUCUUCGCAACUCAUGCGUCUCUUUGUCGCGCCCGGUGUUGUUUGGCUUGUUCUUUUGCUCUUUUUCCCGAAUCUUUGUCAUUUCUGCUCGUUAUCAGGAUCAUUUUCUCUUGUGCAAUGUGUGCUGUGUACCUUUUUCUCUCUCCCUCUCUCUUUCUCUCUCUCUCUCUCUCUCUCUCUCUCUCUCUCUCUCUCUCUCUCUCUGCCUUGAUUUCCAUGCUUUAUACAUAACCUGCUGUGGCCUUUUUUGUGAAUGGUGUUCCCCGCCACCUUCGCUGCUCUGCUGUCUACAAUUGCUGUCUUCGAUUGCUGUAUUCCACAUCCUAGGUGCCAUGUGAGCUGUAAGUCGCUCUUAAGUUGUCCGGUAACAUCUGUGUGGGUGGGUGGGUGUCAUGCCUCCUCGGUUUUUAUAAUAUUCUGCUUCAUCCAUCUAUGCGUGCCUGUAGAUUUAACUUGGUUUGUGUUGCACUGUCUGUAAUAGUACCGCACUAUCAUGUAGCACUCUGUAGUUUCCUCUCUUUUGUAUGUACUCCAUGUGCUGGCAAAUGUAUUUUCAGUCAUGCAGUCGUUAUGUCUCAUAAGGUGCGCUUUUUUUUAGAUGCUUUGAAUGCUAGCUGCACCUGAAGGCUGGAACCACUCUUUUAGCUUCUUGAAAGCCAUCAGAGUGUAAAAACAA